GAGGAGGAAGAAGGAGAAGAAGAAGAGGAGGAAGAAGAGGAGGAGAGAGGAGGAAGAAGGAGGAGGAAGAAGAAGGAGGAAGAAGAGGAGGAGGAAGAAGAGGAGGAGGAGGAGGAAGAAGAGGAGGAGGAAGAGAAAGAAGAGGAGGAGGAGGAGGAAGAAGAGGAGGAGGAGAAAGAGGAAGAGGAGAAGGAGGAGAAAGAGGAAAAGGAGGAGGAAGAGGAAGAAGAGGAGGAGGAAGAGGAAGAAGAGGAGGAAGAGGAAGAGGAAGAAAGAGGAGGAGGAGGAAGAAGGAGGAAGAAGAAGGAGGAGGAGGAAGAAGGAGGAAGAAGAAGGAGGAGGAGGAAGAAGGAGGAGGAAGAAAGAAGAGGAGGAAGAGGAAGAAGAGGAAGAAGGAGGAGGAGGAGGAAGAAGGAGGAGGAGGAGGAGGAGGAAGAAGAGGAGGAGGAAGAGAAAGAAGAGGAGGAGGAGGAGGAAGAAGAGGAGGAGGAGAAAGAGGAAGAGGAGAAGGAGGAGAAAGAGGAAAAGGAGGAGGAAGAGGAAGAAGAGGAGGAGGAAGAGGAAGAAGAGGAGGAGGAG